AUGCUCGUGCAUGAGGUGACGAUCGCUUCUUCGGCGGAGCUGCUGACACUGGCCACGAUGCCGCUGGCAUACGAGCCUGGAGCAGGGCGACCGCGAGCAGGGCUCCGCCUGGCGUCGCACGAGGCGACGUCGGCGCGCCGAGCACCGGCGGCGCGGCAGCGCCGCCGCAGCUGCUCCACGGCCCCGACCACCCUCCCGGGGGGUCGGGCGCGGGAGGCCCCCGCGCCGCGGCGACGGGCGCGUUUGGCCGGGCCACCGGGGGCACGAGCAACUGUUUUUGUAGAUCAGCGGAUUGGGGGCGCGCAUCAAGAAACCAUGUGCUUUUCGUCAGGGUAA